CUGAUGAAUAUAUGAGUUAUAUGAAUGGUGUAAAAAAGAGUUGGUUGGGUGUCAGUUUCCACUGAAGAAGAGGAGGGAGGAGGACGGACGAGAGGAGUGACUUUCUUUCAAAAACGAGUGGACUUUUGCAGCCGGUACGGCUGUGAAACAUGGAUCCGUACGGAAAUGAAUAACAGGACGGUCCGUGGAGCCAAAGCGGAGCUUCGAACCACGGCGACGACAAGAUAAGAAGAUGAAGAAAAGCAGGUUGUGUCAGUAAAAGUCGGCGGCGGCGUUGAUGUUGUCGGUGUGCGGUCUCAUUAAGUACCUGCCGACGACCUGCGUGACCCCCUGACAGAGAGAGAUAAUCAGGCAGCGUGGGCCGAGUUUGUGAGAGGAGGAGAGAGUGAAAGGAGGAAUCUUUUUGUCUGGAUGAAGCAUGAAAUCUCCAGGGAGGCGAUUAAAUCCUCUUUGGAAUAUGGUGAUGGAGGAAGGCAGCCACAGAGACAGAUGGAGGGGGGCACCAGUAACAGCCAGAGGAGAGAGGAGACAGAUCCUCCAGGAGCUUGGAGAGCAGGACCUUGAUGCUAUUUGUCUUUCUACAUAUCGGACAGCCUGCAAGCUGAGAUUUAUACAGAAGAGAUGCAACUUGCAUCUGAUAGACAUAUACAAUGUGAUUGAAGCGGUGCGGGAUGCAGGUCUGAACGCUGUGGACCUGAAUGCUGGCAUCUCUGUAACUCGGCUGGAGAACCUGGUGUCUUCACUGUUUAACCAGCUCAGCAAGCGUCUACCCACCACACACAUCAUUGAGCCUCGUGAAAGCACCAACUUGUUGGUUGACUUCAUACUGGCUGCCAUUGAAAGUGAUGCUGACAGCCGUCUGACAGUGCUCUCUGUGAAGGCGAUGCUGUCCACACUGUGUGGAGGAAAGCUCGUCGAUAAACUCCGCUAUGUGUUUUCCCAGGUAUCUGAUUCCAGUGGAGUUCUGGUACUUUCAAAGUUUGACAGUUUUCUGAGGGAAGCUCUCAAACUGCCCACAGCUGUGCAUGAAGGACCGUUUGGCUACACUUGCACCUCGGCACGAUCCUGCUUCCAAAACCAGAAGAGGGUGAUGCUAAACAUGUUCCUGGAUAUUAUAGCUGCCCCCCCUCAGUGUCUCGUCUGGCUGCCUCUGAUGCAUCGCCUGGCCAAUGUGGAACACGUCUGUCAUCCAGUGGCCUGCUCCUACUGUCGUAGCAACGGUAUGUCAGGUUUUCGCUAUCGGUGUCUCCGUUGCCGUGGAUACCAGCUCUGCCAGAACUGCUUCUGGCGUGGGAAUACCAACGGCUCGCAUAGCAACCAGCAUCAGAUGAAGGAGCACUCAUCCUGGAAGUCUCCAGCAGGGAAGCUGGGCCGAGCCCUGGGCAGGACUCUGGGCUGUGUGUCAUCCCGAGAGCCCCCCCACCCCAUUUACCCAGAGGAACCCGAGAGAACCCUGAACCUCGCCAACAUAGUCCCCUCUCAGCCCGUUGGCAGCACCAGUGAGACCAUGUUGCUGUCCUCGUCAGCUCCAGAGUCCCUCCAGAGUUUGGCAGCUGCUCAGCGUAUGAAUGAAGAACACGCUUUGAUCGCUGCUUACGUGAAUCGCCUUCAAAGUAGCCCACGUGCUGUGGACAGUCCCAGCAGACAAGACGAGGAGCACAAACUGAUCGCUCGCUACGCCUCCCGACUAGCUGAGACGGACGGCGCAGAAGACAGUGUGAUACCAACUCGGAGCAUCAACUUUGAUGUGAACAAGCAGAAGAGGGAACUCAUUGCUCAGCUGGAGAGCAAAAACAGAGAAAUCUUGGCAGAGAUCAGGCGUCUUCGCACAGAGCACGACGCGGCGUGCCAGUUCAGCCCAGAAAAAGGCACGUCCAACCCAACUCUGCUGGCUGAACUUCGCCUGCUCAGACAGAGGAAAGAUGAGCUGGAACAGCGGAUGUCAUCUCUACAAGAGAGCCGGAGGGAACUGAUGGUGCAGCUGGAGGGACUGAUGAAGCUCCUCAAGGAUGAAGAGCAGCGACAGGCAGCGCAGGCGGCUGGCUCGUCCCAUGCCUCUCCUUCUCGACCGAGCCCAUCAAACGCUCGCUCUGUGAGUGCUGGUCCUCCACAGGGACACAUGUACUCUGCUCAGGACUCACUUGCCGGGGUGGGCGGCGAUGUACAAGAGGCCUUUGCCCAAGGCUCGAGGAGGAACCUGAGGAAUGACCUUCUGGUUGCAGCUGACUCCAUCACAAACACUGUGUCAUCAUUGGUCAAAGAGCUCCAUUCUGAUGAUGGUCACGAAGAAGAAGAGAGAUUACUGAAUGGGAAGGACAGAGGUUAAAGAAAAUACAGGACAAACAAACAGCUCGCCGAUGUCCGAAGAAGACCAACCUUGCUCAGAUUACACACCCAAAUCUUCUAGUGUUUCUUUUUAUUUUAUUUUAUUGUCACCAAAUGGGAUUAGAGCUCCACUUCCAAUAAACCAAUCAGGAUGCUGGACACCAAAUGCCCACUGGGUCCCUACUGAUGUAUAGCUAUGACUGAGUGUGUCUCAUCACUGUGGUUUUGUGUUGAUGUUUGAUUUAAUCGUACGCAGCUAAACGAAGAAUCGGAAACCUGCUGAUUUGUACUGUAUGCACGCGCUCUGUGUUUCAAAGGGUGAGAAGGUCAAGCAAGUGAACCGGAAGCUGUAAAGAUGGAGGCAGAUGUUUUUAUAGAAUGGGUUAAAGAUAAAAAUGUGAAGUGGAAGUAUAUCGGUGCAGAGGAAGAAGACGAGGGUCGAGAUUGAAAAUGAAAAGAUGUAAGUUGCAGCGUUUAUGUUUCAGCACUGUGUGCUCAGUAUUUAUUGUUUGCUUUGACUUUGCUUUAUUGUUUAUUCCAAAUGUGUGUGUAUGUGUGUGUGUGUGUGUGUGUGGUCAGGCCCUGCUGAGACUAUGAGCUUUAAUUGGACUUUUUAUUGAUGUAACCUGCACAACUCCGCUGACUGAAGCAUCACAGAUGGGAAAACUGGACAGGUGUCAUAAACUUGGAUCAGCUUUAGUACCACGGCUCAGGCUCAGUUUGUCCAGGCCCUCUGUGUGUCCCGGUACUGUGGUGUGUGUGUGUGUGUGUGUGUGUGUGUGUGUGUGUGUGUGUGUGUGUGUGUGUGUGUGUGUGUGUGUGUGUGUGUGUGUGUGUGUGUGUGUGUGUGUGUGUGUGUACAGAUGAAAAUUUGAAACCUUUUGCCUUGGUAAGGCGUUGUAGAAAAGUGGGGGUAGCUCGAAAUUGUUAUUUAAUUUUGCCUUGAAGAUUUAAUGAUAAGAUUUUUUUUUAACAUAAAACAGUUAUGAUGAUUAUUGUAAAUGUACCGUUUUGGAAAAUGGUUCUAAAUUUAGAGAUAUGACUGAGCUUCAGUGGCUGGCGGUACAGAAGGUAAAAGCCAAUCAAAGAUUUGUUACAAUCAGGAAAUUUUAACAGAAACUAAUGUUGAUAAAAAGAAUAUUUUCAGUAGUACAGGUAGAUUUUUAAGCUGACGAUUGAUUAUUUCUUGCCACAGUGCUCCUUGGGAGUUUUACUUGAUGACUUUCAUAAAUUUUGUAUGUAUAUAACUUCAUGUCUGUGCUUCAUAAACUGUAAAUCAAACUCACAGUCUGUACAUUAAAAAUGAUUAAUACUCAACAAGAUUUUGAUUUUAACCAAUACGCUCAUACCUCCAAGAGAAUCUGAGCUUCCUGUAGCAUUUAUUGGAUUGUAGAACUUUUCUUUGGGUGUUGCUCACAGAUUUUGACACUGAGGACUCCCAAACCAGCACCGACUGAUAUCUGUAGGUAACGUAUUCGAAAUACCAUCAAAAUACCUUCUUUAGCUUGUGUCCAUCCAUGCCGAACUUCAGUAUAAUGAACUGUAGUUGUUUUGUGUGUUUGUUUUUUCAAUCAGCAAAUGUGCUUUUUUUUCCCAGCAUUUCUUAGCAGUUUGAUUUUUGUGCUCAUAUGAAGUUCUGUUUCUUUUUGACCAGUUUUAAAUAGGGAUGCACCAGGGCCACUAAUGGUCUCUGAGCAGUACUAUCACCAGUACUAGUGACAACAGUACAAACAAUGUCAGCACACACAUGUUCGCACAGCAGUGGCAAAGCUGUGAACGAUUCCGGUGAGCGACACAGAGUAAAAAUUUGCAUAAAACCACUGCUGAUACCCAAAUGUGUAGAUGUCAGUGUGAGAAAAGCGCUUUGUAAAGUUUACGUAAGCGUUAUCAGCACCAUUUGUCAGGAAGUCAUUUUGAAACAUUGCAAGUCCAAAACAGAUCACAUGCGUGACAAACAAGGAAAAGGGUGGACUGAUGGGGCAGUUUGUUCGCUUGCAUGCCAAGGCUGCUAGUGUUUAGCAGCUGGAGUUUAGAGAGACUGUUAGGGCGCGUCCGAGCCCACUUUUGUAAUUACACGAGGCAUCACCUAAAUGCAAAGUAAGGCCUAGGGAAUAAAGAGGUGUAUUUAGUCAUUUAAUCACCGGUGUGUUUUUGGAGUAACAUCAGUGUUUCCCCUAUAACAGUACUGGUCUGGCAGCCUGCCAGGCCCGUGACAACCCCUACACAAGGGGUGCUUGAAUCAGCAGAGCACAUUGUUUUCAGCUGGUGGUUUUUCUUUUUUGCAUGCCCCUUUUGCGUUUUUCCACUCAAUGCACCUCGCAAUUUGAGUUUUUUUUUUUUUUUUUUUUUAGUACCACCCGGCGUGAAAAAAAUUCUAGAGGAAACACUGCGCCUGAAUUAAAGUAAUUACGAUGUCAUCUCUAAUUCCCUUUAAGAUCUUGUGCUGUGGAACCUGGCGCCUUGUAAUUUAGAUAGCAUCCUCCUCACAAGUAAUUUUUUUUUUUUCUGGGGCAAAAUUGCGGACAAAGCACCAAAGUGGGUGAACGUGUUAUUUACAGGGGCAGCCACCAAAACUCCCUGAGAUGAAGCAACAAGUUUUGUAUUUUUCCAUUACUUUGAAUAAAUUUCUCAUUUUUGUUUUAAUUUAGUUUUGUUGUACACUGGUGUACUCGUGUGCAUCCCUGUGUGUGCAAGCAGAGGAUGUGAACCUGCCUGUGUAAAGUGUGUCUGAAUAUUGUGCCAUAUAAACAGCAAAGUAACUCUGCUUUGGCUUGAAAACAUCAGAGAGAAAAUGUUGGACUGGUGCAUCCCUACUUUCAGCAUGAAGCGUUUGUUUUUUUUUGGACUGACAUAAUUACAUUUUCAUUACACUGAAUGAUUUUAACUGAUUUAUGGAAUAAAGCAGUGAGCUCAAGAGGGCGCGAGAAAUCAGUCAUGAGAAGAAGUUGUAAACUGUAAGCACGCCGACUGCAAAUGAAACGUGUGACUCUAUUUCAUCUGCAAUAAAUAUUUAAUGUCGACCUCAGUGCCUCCCUGACUGCGGGUCACAGCACAAAUUAACACUGAGGGCGCAAACGUCCGGGCGGCCAUGUAACAAUAGUAAUAAUUCCUUAUUUUGUAAUAACCAUGUGGAAUGCCGUCUGUUACCUCAUCGCUGACAGUCUGCUUUCCACAACAGCUACAAUAAACACGUCAGAUGAGACGUAAAAUACAUUCUGCUCUGUUGAUACGAACUGACAGAGUUGUAAAAUUCCUUCGUCUCUCUGCCUGAGUGACAGGUUUAAAACAUCACUAACCAGCUGACCUAAAAGAUUAAAAUCCGAGUAUUUUAGGAAUGCAGCAGCAAUAUACAACUGUAGCCUGAUGCAAACAUGAGAAAUGUUCAUCUUCCUGUGACACACUGUUGGGGUCCUAACCCAGUUUCCAUAAAUAUCAACAUGUGGACUCCUACAAAAAAGUUAAAGGGCCACUCCUGAUUUAGUGUCCUCAUUUAUAUGGAUGAGCGGUUCUCACUUUUCCCAUGAGAUUCCCUUAGGUGUGUGUGUGUGUGUGUGUGUGUGUGUACAUGCGCGGGGCGGAGUAUAUAAGUACGUGGGGCUGUAAACAAUGAACUGAAUGAAGCUCAUUGAGGUUGUCGGUGGUUUGCGACCUUGCUGAUCAUAAAUAAGUCGCACACAAACACAACACCCAGCUCGAUUAUAACCCGCUAUUAGACGACUCCGUAGAUUAUUACCCUCUCAGAGGUCAAACUGAGUUUAACCUUUCUUCUAGAGCUCUAAGUAGCAAAAUAAAAACCCACACAGC